AUGGCCGGGCUGCUGACGCUGCUGGCUCCUGCGGGCAGAGCGGGCGUCCGGGUGCGGCCCGCCGCCGCUUGGCUCCUCAGCGCCGCCGCGCCCUGCACCCCGCCGCCCUUGGCCCGACCCCUGCUCCGGCCCGGGCCCAACGCCCGGUUGCUGUGCGUGGCCGGCAGGCACGGCCCGGGCCGCCAGGGGCCCAGCAAAGCCGUGGGGACGGUCCGGGACCAGGCUGGAAGCACAGAGGAGAAAACGCUGAGCAAGUCCCAGCAGCUGAAAAAGAUCUUUCAAGAAUAUGGGGCGGUGGGGAUGUCCCUGCACAUCGGGAUCUCCUUAUUCUCCUUGAGCAUCAUCUACGCGAUUGUCUCAAGCGGCGUGGACGUAUCCACCUUCCUGCUGAGCCUGGGAUUCAAGGAUUCACUGGUUCACUCCAAGGUGGCGACGGGCACCAGCACCUUCGUGGUGGCCUACGCCAUCCACAAGCUGUUCGCGCCCGUGAGGAUCAGCAUCACCUUGGUGUCCGUGCCCCUGAUCGUCAGAUAUUUCCGGAAGGUGGGCUUCUUCAAACCCCCCACGGCAAAGCCCUGAAGGGGAGCCAGGAGCCCGUUUCUUACCAACUCCGCAUGGGGAGCGGGGGCUGAUUUGGGGGAAGGGUGCUGUACUCAGGCCCAAGUGUUGCCUCUGCCAGCAAGUCAGGCUUCUGAAUAACUGUCAUUUGUGAUUUGGUA